CAGUUUUGACUCAUUUUGGGACGCAUCAAAUGCUCAGCAGAAGAAUGUUUUUAUCUUAUUUCGACAUGUUUUUUUUGUUAGUAAAAGUCGAAUUCGUCUCGAAAUAUGUCAAAAGAAAGUAUUACAGCCGUUCUACAAACGAGUGUAUAUUGUACAGUAGAAUGAUGAAAAUAUAAACAUAAAUAAGUUGCUAACAAGGACUCCUUUUUUUGUUAAUUAAAAAGAACGAGUUGUUUAAUACUUAAUUUAAUACUCAUACUAAUAGCUGCGUUGCUUGGAUGCUCUAUUCAACUGCAACGUUGCUGAUUGGCUGUUAGCGCUGUGAUGGGGAUGCAUUCUAUGGAGGCUAUAAGAAGUCGCCGUUGAGUGAGUCGGUAUAUUCGCUUCAAAGCUUCUUUAGAGUACGUAUCGUUAUACAACAUGACUGGUCGUGGUAAAGGAGGAAAAGGGUUGGGAAAAGGAGGUGCGAAGCGCCACAGGAAGGUUUUGCGUGAUAAUAUCCAGGGAAUCACUAAACCAGCUAUUCGUCGUUUGGCGAGGCGAGGUGGUGUAAAGCGAAUCUCCGGAUUGAUUUACGAAGAAACUCGAGGUGUGCUGAAAGUAUUCCUUGAGAACGUCAUUCGUGAUGCUGUCACCUAUACUGAACACGCCAAGAGGAAGACCGUCACAGCUAUGGACGUUGUCUAUGCUCUGAAACGUCAAGGAAGAACCUUGUACGGUUUUGGCGGUUAAGAAAACUGAUCUUACAAAAUGGAGUCGCCUUCACGUUUUCUCCAGAACGAACACUUCAUUUCAUUAAUCUCUCAUUAUGAACACCUUUCCUUUCACUCCAUCGGUCUUUUUAAAGACUACUAUAUUCUUCAUCAUCCAAUAUAAACACCUUUCGUUCUAUCAUCGAUCUUUCUGAAGAUCACCAUAUCAUCCUUCAUCAGUCAGUACGAACAUCUUCCUUUCCUUUCAUCAUCUUAAAGGCGAGAAUCAACGGCCCUUUUCAGGGCCCCAUUUAACUAAAA